AUCACUGAAACAGUUGCGGAAUUCAAAUUCCCGGUUGCAUCGAACAGCAAUGACAAAAUAUCGAGUAAUGCGGAUGGCUUAACGGGCCAUCCGAUGACUGCGGAAGUUAAAAUUGCGAUAGCUGAUGACGAACCUGCGCCUCAAUGGCUGAUAGAAAAGGCCCUUCGGCAAGAAAAAAAGGUUCAGAGCUUACCAAAUGAAAGAUGGAAUGAAAGAAAAAAAAAAUGGGGCCUGAUUUACACGGACUGAUAGUUUCAAUUACUUUUCAAAUACUUUCAGUCGAACCUUGUUGACCGGCAAGAUCAGGUGAAUCGCGUUCCCGAAGGAUCCGGCAAUGAAAUAUCUUCUCUCAAAGCUAAAUAUGAGGGAAUUAUUUCCGACCUCGAAGGACAGUUGAACGAGAUGAAGAUCGAGCUCGGAAUAGCUCAAAAAAAGCGUAGCAGCCUCAAAGAAAAAUUCAAAAGAGCCGUUCAGAAUGCAAGAAUGGAGGGUGUAAAGGAGAAUGAAAUUCUGCAAGAAAAAAUCGUAGGGAUUUGCAGUUCAGUUUUGGAAAAAUUUGGGCCUUACGCCUUCGGCGAAAAAAGAGAACACUGUGUUCACGGGGCGAAAAAUCGUCGAUACUUCAAACACCAUAGGAAAACGACUAAAAAACUUCGCCGACAGCUGAAGUCGACUCUCGUUAUGUCGGGUAAAUUGAGAGAGGAGUUGAGCAAAACGAAGGAGAUCGUUGCCGAAAAAAGCAGAAGAUACGAUUCGUUGGAUAAAAAAUUUUCGCGACUAAAGCAGGAAUUGGAAACAACGGAGCUAAAUUUGAACGAUUUGAUAAGCGAAAAUUCAUCGUUGAGAAAAAAAUUUCAAGACACCAGAGAGUGGAUGGAACUUAAAAUCGGAAAAGAUCGUCACGAGAGAAAUAAUCUAAUGCAAUUAAAGGACAUGCAGAAGAGCAGGGAAAUCAUAAACCUAAAGAAAAAGAGUGAUGAAGACUUCGCUACGAUUACACAACUCAGGAACAAGUUACUUAGAUCCGAGUCCGCCAAUGCCAAUAAAGGAUUUUUGCUGAACAGCUACAAAAGCCAGCUAGCAGAUAUGAUGAAGGAAAGAGAUCAGAGUGUGUCCAAGAACAAAGAACUUGAAAAUGAAUUAGCACAGUUGAGAAACGCAAACGCUCAACUGAAAGCCAAGAUCUCAUUGCUGACGAACGACAAGGAAAAAUUGAUUGCGGGCAAAAAAUCUGGGGCAGAUUCCAAGGAUGAGCGCGAACAUUCGAUGCUCAAUGAAAUUGAGACCAUGAGACUGAAGUGUGACGUGCUUUUGGAAGACAUGCGCGAUCGGAUGACCUCAGCGGAGACCUCUAGCUCAGAAUAUUCCGCAGCGAUUUUGGAGUUUUUGAGACGAUUGACCGAUCGCUUUGACGAACCGGAAGACGAACCCGUUCCGAUCGAUGAUGACGAGGCCCACAAAACUGCAUGUACAAUUUUGAAUAUGACUCCAAAGGAGCUUUCCGGAUUCAUGAAAGGCCCGGAAACCGACAAAAUAAGCGCCUGUAUCGCAGAAUUACGAAAAAUCACGUCCAGGAAAAGUUUUUCUGCGAGCCUCGCGAACUUUUUGUUCGAGAAGGUCACCAGCUAAUCGAACUUUUCGACAACAUUUCGAAGAAGAUUAGGGCGCUGGUUUAUGUGAGCAGAAUUUUUGAAUUAUUUGGGGUGUAUAAUGAGAAAUAAUGGAACAGCAUUUUUUACUACUUUUAAUCGAGUUUACAAAUCGUGUUUUAUAAAUAAAAUAAUAAAUCUAUAGAAUGACAUCCCCCGUUCAAAAUAUGCGAUGGCCUAAUUCCAUUUUUAUUUAUGAUCAAUGAUAUUUGCAAAAUGGAAAGCGGCCAAUCUUCACACAAAUGAAAACGUAAAAUAUA